AUGUUCAAAUAUACAAAUAAUGAAAAAAAUGGAGAAAUUCCUCAAGGGUUAGAAAAUAGACAAGGGAAAAAACUUGUUGUUGAAAAUUGUGGUUUGUAUAUGGAUAAAAAUAAGAAUGCAGGGGUUGUGUGUAACAGAAUAACAGAAUUAAAUUUAAAUUCACGAAAAAAAAUUUCUUAUAUAAAAGGUGAUAGUUCACAAAUGAAAAAUAUUUUAAAUCAUGUUGAUCAUAAAGAAUUAGAAAUACAUUCAGCGAAAAGACUUUUAACUUCUUAUUCAACAUAUGAUAAUCAACAAAAAUAUUUUGAAACCAAACUUGUGCCUGACAUGCAAGGUAAAAUGAGUAUAUGUGUAGGAAGAAAAAGUGGAAGCGCAACAGUUAAUAUUAAUAUUGAUGAAUAUGAUUUAGAAAAAACAUAUCAUACAUGGAAAAAAAUUAUGGGAAAAUCUGCUCCACAUAAUAAAUCAAAUUUAGAAAAUGACAGAUUUUUAACAGUUUCAGAAGAUGCCGAAAGAAGUGAUAAAUUGCCCAUUGUAAAAAAUCGAAAUCCCCCACAUCCUAAUCCUGAUGGUCCUUUUGAAAAAGAACGAUUAAAUUUACCUAAACAAGCAAGAGAUAAUUUGGAUAGAACCCUAACACCGUUAUCAGAAUCUAAUCAACCAAAUGUUCGUGUAAAAAAAAAUAAUAAUAUAUACAAGGAUUCUUUUUUUUUAUUAAGACCAAAUGAAAAAAAUAUACCUGAUGAAAAUAAAGGGGUAAGAAGAACAAACUUUCCAUGGAUCAAUUCUAAUAGAAUAAAAAAUAUUUUGAAUUAUAAUUAUGAAGAAAAUGUUGAAAAAACAGCUAAAAUUAAUGACAAUAUGCACAAUAUAUGGUUAGAUAACCAGAAAAAUAAUUCCUAUUAUCCAGAUCAUAUACAACAUAAGUAUGAUAAUUUUGAUCAAAAUUGUCAAUUAAACUCAGAUCAUUAUCCAUAUAGAGAUGAAAAAUUUCAAAAAUAUUCCAAAAUAUAUAAUGCUAAUGAAACAUUACCUAAUAGUGAUGUCAAAUAUAAUAACAAAGAGUAUGAUAAUGUUCAUAACUAUGAUUUGAAUUUACAAAAAGAAAAUGUUUCCCAUUUUGGAUCCAAUGAUAAAACUAUAAAAAAUCAAAAUGAUUAUUACUACUUAGAAAAUAAAAACUGUUGUAAUCAUGACAAAAUCAAAAGUUAUAAUGUACCUAGUGAAUUAGACAAUACUUCUCAUGAAUAUAUAAAUAGUUAUCCGCACAUGGAUGCUGAAAAUUUUAAUGCGCCCGACAAAUCUUACAGAGCUCCAUCAAUGACAGAUAUCUCGUAA